GGUGUUUUGAAGAAUAAGCUGUCACUGGAUAUUAAUGAAGUGGGUGUGGCUAAUUUAAGAGUGUCCGGACAUCAUUUGGUGAUAUCUUUCGCUGACGGAAAUUUUAAAGUAUUUGACCUCAAACGAAGAGAGCCCAAGUUAAUUUGUACUAAAUCAGUAUCACAAUACAUUCAUCAUUUUGUAAGCGUAGUAUCAGGACAAGCUAAUUCUAAUGGGACUCUUAUUGGACUGAUUGCUAAUAAAUCAUCCAGUAAUUCAGUACUGUUGAUCAUGAAUCACGAGAAAGACAUUGUUAAAGUUUUGGACUUUACCGUCGAGAGAAGACAAGAGAUUGACGAAAGCAACGGCGACUGCUCCCUGCUCCCUGAGAGCCUCCCGGACAACAUAAAGAGAGACCAGCUGAAGCUGCUGUCAGAGUUAACUGGAUGCAACGUAUUGAAGUUCCACUGGGACUCAAUCGACCCUAGACUGCUCCUUAUUGAAGUUGGAAGAGUAACCAAGAAACAAAAGCAAACUGGCAGAGAGUCUGAGGACUGGGAGAGAGCUGUCAUAACGUUAUUUGUAACGCAAGAUUUGUCAUAUUUAUUUCAAGAUAUUAAACCAUUGAAAUCAAAGCAUCACGGGCUUGUGGGCUGCACUGCUCCUUCAGUUUAUUAUAUGAGAAAA